UCAGGGCUGAAGAAAAUGUUGGCGAAAAUUACAAGGAGUUCAUUUUACGCUUCACGUGCGGUCGCUCGCUUGUCCGGUUCGAUUCCAACGUCACCAGCGGUCCUUGCCAGCAAUUGCAGACAUAUUCAGAUAGAGCGGAAGUGCACGAAACCACACGAGAUGGCUCUGUACGAAACCGUUGAGAAGGGCGCCAAGAAUUCGCCGAGCUACAGCCUGUAUUUCAAAAACAAGUGCGGCAAUGUCAUCUCGCCGAUGCACGACAUUCCACUGUACGCCAACGAGGAGAAAACCAUCUACAACAUGGUGGUGGAGGUGCCACGUUGGACCAACGCCAAAAUGGAGAUUAGCUUGAAGACCCCUAUGAAUCCCAUCAAGCAGGACAUCAAGAAGGGUAAGCUGCGCUUCGUGGCCAACUGCUUCCCGCACAAGGGCUACAUUUGGAACUACGGAGCCCUGCCCCAGACGUGGGAGAACCCCGACCACAUCGAGCCCUCCACCGGCUGCAAGGGCGACAACGAUCCCAUCGAUGUCAUCGAGAUUGGCUACCGUGUGGCUAAGCGCGGCGACGUGCUGAAGGUCAAGGUGCUGGGCACCAUUGCCUUGAUUGACGAGGGCGAAACCGACUGGAAGAUCAUCGCCAUCGAUGUGAACGAUCCGUUGGCCUCAAAGGUCAAUGACAUCGCCGAUGUGGACCAGUACUUCCCGGGUCUGCUUCGUGCCACCGUUGAGUGGUUCAAGAUAUACAAGAUCCCCGAUGGCAAGCCUGAGAAUCAGUUUGCUUUCAACGGCGAUGCCAAGAAUGCGGACUUUGCCAACACCAUCAUUGCCGAGACCCACAAGUUCUGGCAGAACUUGGUGCACCAGAGCCCCGCAUCCGGCUCCAUCUCCACCACCAACAUCACCAACCGCAACUCGGAGCACGUCAUUCCCAAGGAGGAGGCCGAGAAGAUACUGGCCGAGGCCCCCGAUGGCGGCCAGGUCGAGGAGGUGUCUGAUACAGUCGACACUUGGCAUUUCAUUCAUCUCAAGUGAGAUGUUUCCCUGGGCUGAUUCCAUCACAAGAUCCACGAUCUUUCUGUAGUCCAAUCGAAUCGAAAAUGCUUGCACUUGUGAAUUAUUAAUACUGAAAUAUAUCGUACGUUGAAUAAAGUUUUGCACCGCAAUCAAA